UCUUGUGGAAGGAAGUGAAGUUACCACAUAAGAGCUCCAUGCAAGCUGCACCCCAAGACAAAUGUUCAUCUCCAGUCUUUGGGCUGUGAGUGAACUGUUGUUGAAUUUAAAUCACUGGGUUACAUUUUGUAUUUUUUGAAUGAGUUUUUAUGAAUGCAGCAUUUGUUAUAAGACUGAUACAUAUACCCUUAUACAAUCAACGUUUUUAUUGGAAACUGAAGGACCACAACAGCCAUGUUGUUGGCAGGAGCUGGAUGUGUGCUUAUGAGUUUCAUCCUCUACAUCUCAGGGAUUCAUGGACGAGCAAAAAGCAUCUGUGCCAUAAAAGGUUCAUCAGUUGAUCUGCGCUGCUCAGCUGGAAAUUCCACUUCAAGCAACAAAUGGUACACUGUAGAGGAGGAUGGCAACAAGUAUGUCAUGACCGAGAUCCCUGUAGAUGGACAUCGUGUAACAUACAACAUGUCCGACAAAAAUCAACCCACUCUAACAAUCAAAGAUCUGAGAGAGAGCGAUGCAAAGUUUUACUGCUGCAGUGAGAAUACAGGCCACUCAUAUCCCUGCUGGCUAAAUAAAAUCAACCUCCAACUUGCAGAUCUGCAGGUAAAGGUAUUUCCUACCACUGAGGAACAGACAGUGACACUGAUGUGUAGCACCAGCUGUCCUCUGACUGAAAACCCUGCAGCCUACAUCUGGUACAAGAACAAAAAGCAUCUCUAUCAGGACUGGUCUCCCUGGUACAGAGAGCUGGUCAGCAGUGAGGAAGCAGUCAGAUACUCCUGUGCUAUCAAAGGCUACGAGGAUCACAGAGCCCCUGAAGUCUCUGUGGAUUCUGUCACACCAGCCUGCAUUAAUGUGACCUACGCUCAAGGGAGAAUUUGUUCUUACAAGCAGACAUCAGUGAAUGAGUCCUGCUCCCUCACAUAUCCCACAGAAGUACGUCUUCAGAGUAGUUCUAUGUCACAGCGUACCCUGACCUGUACCACCAGCUGUCCACUGACUGACCCUCAAACUGCCUAUAGGUGGUACCAGAACAGACAACUGUACAAAAACGCUACGGGACAACAGGUUUUAGUUUCCACCUCAGCUGACAGCUACUCCUGUGCUGUGAAAGGCUUUGAGGAUCUGCUGUCUCCUGAAGUCUGUUUUGAUAAUGAGAGCUGUUGGACUGUGGAUUAUGCCAUCAGGAGAAUCUGUGCUCUACAAGGCUCUUCAGUGAACAUUUCAAGCAAAUACUCACAUCCCUACGAGCAGCAGCCCAAGUACAAAUUCUGGUAUAAAAUGAAGAUAAAUGGGGAGAAGGAUACUGAAGAGCUGAUCAAGGCUGAAGGUCGUAUGAAGUAUAAUGAAAACAGGAAGAAUCACCACAUGCUGACAAUCAUAAACCUGAAGAAGGAUGACUCUGGCGAAUACAUAUUCAAACCCCUGACAGAUACAUCGAAAAUGCUUUAUUUUCCUGGAGUGACUUUGGUUGUCACAGGUGUGAAAGUGAGGUUGCACCCUGCAGUGGUGACAGAGGGCCAGAGAGUCACACUGACUUGCAUCAUUAGCUGUCCUCUUUCUGUUAACAUGACCUACAUGUGGUACUUGAAUAGUCGACCUCUGAUCGUGCCACAAGACCAAAACACAUACCUGGUUCUGGACCCAGUCAGCAGUCAGCAUGCCGGAAACUACUCAUGUGCUGUCAAACCCGGCAAAAAAUCCAGUGAGAAGACUCUAACAGUCCGAAGUAUCAGCAAGAAACACAUAUCAGCAGCUGCUAUAGGAGUUGGUGCUGCUCUCCUGGUUAUUAUACCUCUAGUAUCUCUAGUCGUCCUCUUUUGGAUAAGAAGAAAGAGGACUUCAGGUCAGUGUCCUACAACUGAAGCAACAGAGAACACUGAGCAGUUAAACCUUGGCCCUGUGUAUGAAGACACCUCAGCUCAACCAACAGAGCAGGAUGACCUUGAUGACCUUCAUUAUAGCAGAGUCCACUUCUCUAAGACUCAGACAGAUCCUCUGUACUCCAGCGCCCAACCACCUCAGCCUAAAAAAGAGGACCAUGCUGCUUAUGCUGUUGUCAACUUUAGACGCAAAAUGAGCCCUAAGGGUGAUGGCCAGGUAGUGGGCCUCUAAAAAUUUCAACAACAAAGUAAAUGAAUGAAUGCAACAACCCACCUGCCUCUGUAUGUAUGAUGAUGGUCUGUGAUGUACAGAACUUGAGUAUUGUUCUGUUCAUUACUUACAUGUUGGGAGUUCAGUUGAUGAGCUUGUCUACAGGUGCCUACUGUAAAUGAGUAGGCAAAUGUCCAACGUCACUUCAGAGGCACACUUGAGAGCACUGACCAACACCCACUACCUGUUUUAUGAGAAAUGAGGACCUUUUAGUUACUGUGAUUAACCACAGUCCUGCCUGUUAAGUCAUUUAGCCAGGACUUGCUGUGUAGACUUUCACUGUGACAAAAUUGAAGUGGACUAGUACUCCUCAACACGCAGUAACAACCCUCAAACAAAUACUAUUUCUGUGAAACAUCUGUGAAAUGUUCAAAUUAAUCUAAGUUACAACAAAAAGUUCUGCAGGACUAUGUCCAACAUCUGUAUUUCUUAUAAUUUGUUGGCAAACUGUACCGUUAGAGGCUGGGACACCGAAUUAACGGUUGGUUAGAAAAAUCAUGGCAGCAAUGCCGCAGGCUAACGCUAGCUGGCGAUAGUUAAGUUACUUCUUUCUCUAAAAUAGAAUAAAAAUAAAGAAUUGAAGUCACUGUUUUUCGUUAACAUUUAAUUGGGUAACAAGUGUUAUGUUACAAUAAGCUAAUAUACGGCUAAUUAAACAAAAAAAUACUCACCAAAUGUCCUGUUGACGCCUUUAUCCAGUGACUGCUAGCCCUAACCAUCUCAGCUAAUGGUCGUCUCUUGCAGUCACUCAAAGAAAGACAGGCAAAAAAGGGAUUGAGUUAUAGUGUUUAACGCCCACAUUAUUUAUGAAAUUGCUGGCCAGGUGUAGAUAUGCUAGGCCACUGAACCAACGGCUUUAAAACGCUAAAGUGUUGCUAAGCAACCAGAGCAGUUCAUGGUAGGUUUGCAAAGUCAUGCUAGCAAUCCUGUCGGCUAAAGCUAGCUAAGCUAAUAACUUAUUUCUCGAAUAAUUAAUUAGUAAACAUUUAUCGUUUCAUUUUUACACUUUUUUUUUGUAUCACCUCUUAUGUUGCAGAGAGCUAACGAACAGCUAUUUGAGAAAAUACUCACCUAACAUGAAAUGAUUUGUCCGUGUUGAUGUUUUUGUUGCCAGUGCCUGAGGCCAAGCAUAAAAACUAAUGGCCGCCUUUUGUUUUCUUUUUUUGUAUUACCGGUAAUGUAAUAUGGGUCUGUGCAUGAAGUAUAAUUCUCCUGCAGUUGUUCACGUUGUAUAAUGAAAAAUGCCAUCUGGGGGGGGGGGGGGUAAUUUCAUUGACCUACUUAUGGUAAGUGUAAAUGUAUGUUGAUGUUUGUGAGCUCGUUGUUCAUUAGCCGAUGCUGCCUAAACGCUGUUAUCACUUUGCGUGUGUUAUUGUCCCGCUUAAUGACUAUGUGCAAUUCAAUUUAGUGCACCAAAGCGUCAGUUUUUUCCAUUAUCCAGCUUGCACCAUGAAAAUUGAACAAGGAAGUCGAGAGCCGGAAACAAACAGCUUGUCUUCAAAGUAAAGGUUGCGCGUUUGGAACAAACGUGUUGGCUGCAGCAGUCAUUUAAGGGGAGCUAAGCUAAAUAAAUAAACAAACUGUCUUAAUCAUUUGCCUUUGUUCCUGAGUGCGUUGAGUGAGUAAAUUUCAUUAUAUUUUCUCAAGUCAUGUUUAUUUGUUAACUGGUACAUCAUUUAGAUUUUGAUUUAGAAUUGUUCAUAGUUGUUUGCUCAAGAUAAUAUGAUAGAAUUUGACCUAUAUGUGCACUUUUAUUUGAAGAAAUAUAACCACUCACACCUGUCUGACUGUAAGCAAAAUAAAUAAAUACUUUGAAACAGAACCUGUUGACUGCUUCUCCUGCUUUG